AUGCGUCGCCAUCAAAGCUCCAGCCUUGUUGGUGUGAUUAAGAAAGUUGUUUGUCUAGAUGGAUCCUCAGCGGAUACCGGUAAAGGGAAGAGUAAGUUCAAAUCGUCAUCGAUCACGAGCAAGAUCUCCCACGGGUUCAACUUGGUUGAGGGACAAGCGGGUCAUGACAUGGAGGACUACCAUGUGGCCGAGUACUGUAAAACGGAGGGCCACGUUGUGGGUUUGUUUGCAAUUUUCGAUGGGCACUUGGGUGACCGUGUACCCACUUAUCUAAAGGAUAAUCUCUUCAACAACAUACUUCGCGAGCCUAAUUUUUGGGAGGACCCGAGGACUGCUAUAAAGAAUGCUUAUCAUUCAACCGACAAGCUCAUACUAGAGAAGUCCAUGCAAUUAGGGCCAGGUGGAUCGACUGCAGUGACUGCUAUUGUCAUUGAUGGGAAAGAUCUUUGGGUGGCUAAUGUGGGGGAUUCAAGGGCCGUGAUUUGCCUCGACGGAAAAGCCGAACAACUUACAGUGGACCACGAGCCUUCGAGUGAGAGACGGAGGAUCGAGAAACAGGGUGGUUUUGUGACAACUCUUCCUGGGGACGUACCUCGCGUUAACGGGCAGCUUGCAGUUGCACGGGCUUUUGGGGAUGAGAACCUCAAGGCCCAUUUAAGUUCGGAACCCGAUGUGUGCAAUGUACAGGUCAACUUGAGUACCCAGUUUGUCAUUUUGGCAAGUGAUGGCUUGUGGAAGGUGAUGAGUAAUCAAGAGGCGGUUGAUAUUGUGAUACCCAUCAAGAACCCUCAAGUAGCUGCCAAGCGUUUGACCAAAGAGGCUCUAGCGAGAAAAAGUAAAGAUGAUAUAUCAUGUAUCGUGAUUCGGUUCGGAUGA